AGGAGGAGAAAAUGAGCAAAGUUCUUCUGAACUGAGAUUAAAGGAAGAAAACAACAGAAACUGGAAAGAACAAAGAAACGCUGAAAGGAAGAAAACGUCAUUUAGAUACAUUCAAUAAAGUGACUGAAACCUAUUGGAGAUUCAUUUCACCACUGGAGGCUACCCAAAUCUCCUUUCCUUUGCUGCCCCCACUCUGUACAGUCUCUUCUACCUUCAUACCUCAGCUUAUUGGAUAAUAUAAGCCUUAAACAUUAAAUGCCAGAGGAUUUUCCCCCAUCCAUUCUGAGACAUGGCACAAUCAUUUCAUCUUCUUCCACAACAUCCUACUGUGACAUCCUCUCCUAUUGAAGUUCAUGUGUGGAUAGAAGGAUUGGAUGAUAGUUUUCUGGCAUAUGGAGAAAUCUUUGAAAGAGCAGAAAUCAAUGGGGAGAAGCUACUUAACAUCACCCGGCAAAAACUUAAAGAACUUGGCAUAAUCCAAACUGACCACCAGGACAUCAUAUUAAAAGCAGUUGCUAAUAUUUGUAAAAAGGACAAAGUUGAAGAGCAAGAUAUGCAAGGAGAAGAUCAGAAUGACAAAAAGAUGCCUACCAGACUCAGAAAACAAACUGAACAUCUUGAGCAUGCUAUUGAUCGUGUUCUUGUCAUGAUAUCGGAAAGAAGAAGGGCCCGUUCUCUACAUGGCACUAAUGAAAAACCACCUCAUAACAUUCUUACAGCUGCUCUUGAACUGAUUAAUAUGGUCAAGAUGAUACUAAACAUUCUGGAAAGGCCUCCAUUUGACUGUAUGUCAGAAUUUUCCAGUUUGAAAAGCCACCUCAUUAAACUUAUCACAUUACUGAAACAUUUUUCUGAACAGUCUGAUCUCAGCUAUGAAAUGGAAUCUGAUAUGAUAGAUGUGUGCAAGAAUGUGAAUAAAAUCUGUCAUUAUAUAAUUGCUCUGCCACCUGAUGUUAUAGGACCAGAAACACAGAUUACAGAAUUUCUUACCCCUGAAGAGGAAGUAUCUAGGGUGCAAGUGCCAGUAACUACGACUAGUUCAUCAAGUAAACAUAUAUUUUCACUUCAACAUGUGUCCCUUCCAAUUGAAAUAGCAUCUGACAAAUUUGGAUAUUUUUCCCUUAAAAGGCUCAAUUCUCCAAGUAAUGAAAGAGCAGUUAUGUCAAAUGAUGAAGGGAGCAAGCCUGAAACAGAAGUUUCUGAUACAAAAAUUUCUGAAACUUCAGCUGGUUCUUUGGACGAUAGAAGUCUCCAAGACCUAACAAUAAUUGAAAAUGACACCCUCCCACUGGAAUCUGGCUCUGAAAGAUGUAUGAUUGAUUCUGACUCUGAUAGAGGCAUUGGUUUGGACUCUGACUUAGAAGAACACUCAAAAGACUCUGGGUCAAUAAUAUGGGGCAUGGACUCCGACUCAGAAAAAUGUCCCAUGGACUCAAACUCUAUGAAAUACCUAUUAGAAGCAGAAAAAUGCCAGAUGCCUUCAGGCUCUGUGAAAGAUGUGAUGGAGUCAGAGCAACAACUAGAGGGAAUUGAACAAUGCCAGGUGGACUUUGACCCUUUGAAAUACUGGAUGGAUUCAGAUUCAGAAAAAUACUUGGCAGACUCUGACUCUGAAAAAUAUGCACUGAACUCUGACAGUGAAAGACCAGAGAUGGAUUCAGACUCAGAAAAAUGUCCAACAGCUUCUGCAUCUGUGAAACAUCUGCUGAAGGCAGAAAAAUGCCAAAUAGCUUUAGAUUCUGUAAAACGCCUGAUAGAAUCUGAAAAAAGAUCCAUUGAGACCAAAGAACACUGGAUGCUCUCUGAUUCUAAGAGGUUUGUGAUGGACCCAGACCUGGAUAGAGAUGGAAUGGACUCAGCUUCUGCUUCUGGGGUACAUCUGAUGGCGGAAGAAAAACACCAGAAAGAGAUUAGAUCUAAGAGAUAUGUAAUGGAUUCCGAUUCUGAACCAUGUGAGAUGGAUUCAGACUCUGAAAAAUAUGGGCUAGCCUCAACAGCUGUGAAAUGUGUCUUGGAUGCCAAAACAUUCCAGUUGAGCACUGACACUGAGGAGCACUGGAUGGAUUCUUGGUCUGAAGAACGUACAAUGGACUUAGAUUCUGAAAGCCUGGGGGCAGUCUCUGAUGCUGUGAAACACGUGUUGAAGGCUGAACAUUGCCAAAGGGCCUCUGACUUGGAAAAAUUCUGGAUGGGCCUUAGGUUUGAAUCUAAAAGAUUCUUGACUGACUCUGAAAGACAAAAAUCGGACUUCAACUCUGGUAGACAUUGGGAUAGCUAUGGAAGGUAUCAAUUUAGGUCUGAAAGACUUCAGCGUAGCUCUGGAAAACGUAAAGAUGGCCUUCAAAAACAUCAGGAUAGCUUUGAAAGACAUCAAAUAGACUCCAAUUCUGGAAAAUAUCUAGCAAAAUCUGAAAGCAAAAAAUAUCAAAAUGAAUUUGAAAGUGAAACACAGAUGAUGGAGAUGGAGAAGGAACAGUGUUUGAUAUUUGAAAAUAAGAAACUUCCAAUGGACGAAGAGAGGGAAAGAUAUCUCAUAUGGCCUGACAGUGAACAAGAACACAAGACUGUAUCUGACAAUGAAAGACACGACGUUGACUCAGAAAAUGAAGCACAACAGCUUGGUGCUCGCAGGAAGGGUAAUCGUCCUCAGGGUUUUUGGAGGCCUAUUUUCCUGUCACCUCCAAUUGGCCAAGGAAAGAAAACUGAAGAACAAAAUUUUGUACAACAAAUUGAUAACAGAGGUGUUUCCAGAAUUCAACUUGUAAGAUAUCUGAGUGAUGACAAGAUUGUAAGAUUUAAAGAGGUAUCUCCAAGGCUCAGUGACAAUCAAAAAUCACAGAAAAAGUUAAAGGAAAAGCACAGUCACAGCCUUUCUCCAAACCCAAACACAUUCAUGGAUAAUAAGUAUCACAGAAAUACCAGGCACAAAAUUUCCAUAUGUAAAAUUCGUUGCAGGGACUAUAGAUUCUCACAAAGUUUUCAGAGUUCCCAGUCUCAAAUGAAUCCUAUUCCUCUUCUAAAGGCUGAGGAUUAUACCUCUGAAGUCUUAACACCUGCCUGCCAUCCUAUAUCCAUGAGCCCUUGGCCUACUGCACACCCCAAGACUCAGAGAAAUAUCACAUAUUCUUUGGAUGCUGGAGCUCCUAUAUGUUCCAAAUGUUCCAUGGAAAUCAAUAAUUCUCCCUUUCAUAAAUGUCUUGUAAAUUCUGAUGAUGAUUCAGACCCUGACUCUAGUUUACAUCUCCAAAUUCCCUUGGAUUCUAAAUAUUCUCUGAGCCCCAAAUCUGUUAGACAUCAUAAGACUUCUCGGAAUAGCCCUUUAUCACGAUCCCUGGAUCCUAAGCAUCCUGUGGGCAUCCACUGUCCUUUACACCGAGAGGAUUCUAAGUAUUCCUUGGGCUCAACUUCUUAUUUACAUUGUGAAAGUUGCUCAGCUCUUCAAAGUCUCAUAGGCUCUACUGUUACCAGUACCUUUCCCAUGAAUCCUCAAAAUACGACGGGCCACCAUUGUACCCCUGGCUCAAACAAUGAUAUCAACACCAGCAAUGUUCCUGGCCUUGAAAAUGAAGGCAAGUUUAACCUUACUGCUAGCCUUGAAAAUGAAGGCAAGUUUAACCUUACUGCUAAACUUGAAAAUGAGGCCAAUCCUGACAGUGAAACUAAAUUGAUCAGUGCUAGAAAUCUCAAAGAUAAGGCCAAUGCCAAAGAGAAGCUUCUUCUCAAAGAUGAGAUAGACCAUGAAGAUGAGACAGACUCUGAAGAUGAAAAGGAUUCUGAAGAUGAAACAGACUCUGAGGAUGACAACAACACCAAAGAUAAGAAAGAUCCCAAAGAUAAGUCUGACCCUGAUGACAGUGAUCCCAAAGAUAGCAAUGCUGGAAAUGAUGCAGAAACAAACAAUGGAUCUGAUCCUAGUGGUGGUGCUGACCCUCCAAAUGGAGCUGAUUCCAAUAGUGAUGGUGGUUCUAACAAUGGAACUGACUCCAACGGCAAACCUGACUCUAACAUUGAUAAUGCCAAUAACAAUGAUGCUAACUCCAAAUAUAGCGCUGAUUCUGAUGGGGAAGAACACACCAAUAAUUCAGACAAUACCUCUGGCCUAGACAGUGGUGUUGAUCAGGACUGUACUGCUAACUCCAACAAUGGCACUAAUACAAACUACACCUCUGAGCUCCAAAAUGGAACUUGCCUGGACUACUCUUCUGAUUCCAAUAAUGGUGCUGGCCCCAAAAAUAGACUUGGCUCUAAAAUCAAUAGAUCUGGUCUCCAAAACAAUGGCCCUGACCCCCAAAAUUUCAGAUCAGGCCCCAACAUCCCAGAGCCCAUCAACAAUGGUUCUGGCCCCAACAUCAGUUGUCCUGCUUCCAACAACAAUAGUCUCAGCCCCAAUAACAAUGUUCCUGGCCUUAAAAUAGACUCUGACUCUAACUAUAAUGUCAGGCCUAGUAAUGCUAUAAGCCACAAUAUUGCUGUUAGUUCUAACAAGUAUGCUGACUCCAAGUGUGAUACAAAACCCACCAUUGUUACUGACCACAAUUAUGGAGCUGUCCCUAACUGUGACUCAGAUCUUGACUGUAUCUCAAGAUUUACCCAUGCAAUAGGCUCUAGCCUUCUAUUCAAGUCCAACUAUAAUGCCAGAAACAGUUAUGCUGUCAGACCCAGCUCUACAGUUACCACUGUCAAUGUCACUGACACUAGUUAUACAACUAGUUGUAGUGGUGCUAUUAGCCCUAGCUAUACUGCUGGCACCAGAUGUAAAUCAGGCACUAACUAUGACCCUAGGUUAACUCAUGUCUUUGUAUCCAACUUUGUAUCCAACCCCAAUUAUGAUGCCACAAAUAUCCAUAAUUUAUAUAAUUCUAAUACCGUAAAUAUUAACAAUCUCUCUGAGCCUGAAUUGGAAAUCAGUACCAGUUCCUACAUUGCUAAAAUUGUUCAUGGUAACUCCCCCACUUUUGCUGCUAGCACAAAAUAUACUUCCACUCCUGAAAAUUUGACCACCUCUGAAUUUUCUGACCCAUCUAAGCUUGGUAUAAACUCCACAGUUUUUGAUAACCACAAAUUUGGUGCCAGCCUCAAUGACUUUGCUGGCUCUGUGGAUUCUGCUAGCCUUAAGCAUAUCACUGAAUCCAAGGAUGUCCUUGAUGCCAAGGAAUCUGGCUUUAUAAAAGAUUUCUUCAGGGUCCAGAAUCCCAUUGGUACCAAGGAUCCUACCAACUUAAACUUUUACUCCAAUUCAAAUAUUCCACUCCCUAGUUUUGACAUUAUAAUAGAAGCUGAACCACCAAAUGUUGUGAAGUUUGCUCUAUCAUCAGGUGCUGUGAAUCAAUUUUUUAAGCUUUUUAGGGAUAUGCUGUGUUUCGUUACAGUGGGAGACAUGUUUUCUGGGGAUUUUCAAUCUAAGAUACAAUAAACCAUCUACUUUCCAAAUAUACUGUCAACUUACUUAAGCUCAACUUCCAGACAGGUAGCAGAAAAACCUUGACCCUUGAUUAGUGAAAAGAAUACCUUGAAACAGAAAAGAUAAAGGCACAGACAAGAAGGUUUUGAGGAUAUGAGCAAACAACUUCAAAAAUUGCAGACAUCCCUGAGCAAUGUUUAUUAUAUUUUUAUUCCUUAUCUCCUCCCCAUUACAUGACCAUGCCUUUAUUGUCCAUGGGACCAACAAUGUUGCUUCAUUAAGCCAUGUGACAAUUACCCCAUUCAUCUUAUUUGCUUCUGACAGAAUAUGAAAUUAGAAAAAGGACACAUUGUGGUCCUUCUUAGCCAUCAUAUAAAAAUUAUUUUGUAUUGUUAAUGACUAAAAAGUGCAGUCAUAUUUUUCAACCAAUAAUUCCCUCCAUCUUUUGUGUAAGUCUCUGUCUCCAGAAGAAGAUUAUCUUAACUUUUAAGAUACUUUAUGACAGAUGCUUGUAAUAUUGUGAUGGUCACUCUAUGUGUAAUAUCACCUACAAUAAAUUAUUAUUUUAUUGCUAA